AUGAAUUUAAGUAUUUUAACUAUUGUUUUAAUUUAUUUUGCUUCCAAUUCUGACGGAAAUGUUUUUUUUUCUGUUCCAUUUUAUCAACAUUUUAACAGUUAUUCAAGUAGGUAUGAAUAUCGAGGAAAAAAUUUUUUUAAGUUAAAAAAUUUAAUACGGAAAGUUUCAUUAGACUUUCCAGAAGUACCAUAUAAAAGUAUAUUAUUAAAAAGAGAAUUAAUAACUUAUCAAGGCAUAGUAAAUGAUACUCGUAGAGAUCACAGAUAUCUUCAAGUUCAUAUAAAUGGUAAAUCUGAAUAUAUAAUUCUUCCACCUCAUCACGUUGUGGUAGAAUUUUACAUGCAUUGUGGAAUGAAAACUUUUUAUUGUAAUAAAAGCCCCUUUAAAACAUAUAGAGAGGCUAGAAUAUAUUGUGAACUUUUAGAAGAAUUCAGUAAAUUCAAAUCACAACAUAUACUUUUAGGGAAAAAUCCUCUUGCUUCUAGAAUUUGGAGAAACACUUGGAGAGAUUGUUAUUACAAAUGCUUUUCACAAAAUCACUUUGAAGAAUUAACAAUAAGAUUUCUUAGAGAAUUAAAUAUGAUAAGAAAUAUUAACCAUUACUUCCCAAUCAGUUACAAUAAAACAUUAGAAUUUAUUGCACAAAAUCAUGCAUUAAUGAAUGCUAAAAAAAACAAACUUUUAGUAUCUGAUGGUGAAAGAAAUAAAAUAUAUGAAGUUGCUGCUUUUAUUAGUCCAGUACUUGCUAGUUUACAAAUUAAUAAAUGGUAUAAUUCAUAUUUAGAAGAGCAAGUAUAUAAAAAUAAUAGUAUAAAAAAAAGGAAAAAAGAAUCAAAAUAUUUUCAUUUAUUACUUUCUCCAGGUAUAACUGAAGUCGGAUUUGGAGUUAUUUUAUAUAGAAAAACAUUAUCUAUUUUGAUAACAUUCAUGUAG